CCCAGGACAUUGACCGAAAACUACAUGGAUGAAACGUUUCUCAAGUCUAAGAGCAGAAAGGGCGGAAAAGUAUCGCGCCUUCUGCACCGGCUCUUAUCAGCCUCGAUCGAAACCAUGCUGGCAGCCUCCAGGGACAUACUUAUAAGCCCACCCCAGUUCCUUGCCCUUUUCUUUCCUCAUCACGAAAAGUCUUUCUCUCUUUAUCAUAUCGCAACGUCCCUCGCUCUCUACCCGUAGCCUCCUGGAGACUCACGUCAAAUGGCUUUAGUUUCAUUCGUUGGUUUGCAUCUCACCUCGACAUCUCACCUCGCGCGCGUUGUCCGAGCGGGCCGUUCCAAGCAUGUUACAAUUUCUCGCUUCUGUCCAGCUGUUUAUGAUAUUGUCGACUCUGCCAAAGCUCGCAACGCUGUCGGCCGUCUCCUUUCGAGGGCACCAUGGCCGGCGAUGAUCGAGGUACGUACUUCACGUGUCGGACGCUCGCUAGGUAUGGCUUACAAACACUGCCGGGCAGGCCUCUUCUACUCCGUCGGCGGACCCACAGGAGAAAGAUGAAAGGGUGGAGGUUAGCGACGCCGAAAUGAUCGGGAGGAGCUCUCUAAAUGGUACGCCAGA